AUGGUAGACUCCCAGAAAACGAUUCUGUUUUUCGGUGACCAGACCGAUCCAUGGGUCGAUGGCAUCGACUACAUCAUGAAGCAGGCUGGCCUGGCGCCAUGGCUUCAGUGUUUCAUGACUGACCUAUGCACGAAGGUCAAAUCGGAGCUGAAGAACGUUGAAAGUAUCAUCACAGAGAGUCUUGGAGAGUUUUCAAGCAUCUACGAAUUGGCUGAAAAAUACCGCCAUGCAGUCGACGAGACUGGUGUUGCUAAUGCAAUCCUCAUCUACACAAUGAGAGCAGCCAUGCUCCUUCAAUGCAUCAAGCGUGAACCCGGUCUCUUACGAAAGUCGGAUGACGGGCCCGAGUGGCUGGGCAUUUCAGGAGGUCUCAUGAGCCUGUCACCCUUGGCCGCUGCCAACGACUUUGAUACUCUCUACGCUGGCUGUCUCGAGGCGGCUGGGCUCUUGUGCAGGGUCUGCAGGUUUUGCUACAUCCGGUCAAGGGCCACGGAGGAUCGCUCAGGGACGUGGGGUUGGGCCGUCCUAGGGAUCUCGACCGAGGACCUUCGGUCUGCUUUGGAGCAAUUCCAGAUCAACCUUGGCAUUCCAACCGUGAAACGGGCACAAGUUGGCGUCACUGGGGACCGCUGGGCCAGUAUCAUCGGUCCCCCAUCUGUUCUGGAGCAGUUCCUGAACGAGUGCCCAGCUGUCAGUGGCCUCCCAAGGAAUAAGCUUAAUAUUAGAUCCCUCCAACACGCUAUUCCAAUGACUCCAGCUGAUAUCGACUACGUUGUUGGAGAUGCUACCCUUGUAACAAGUCCUCUCGACUCACAACACAGAGUUUGGGGUACAGACGAUCCCUCGGCUACCUAUGAGACCUUUGGUGAUUUGCUACGAACUGCAGUAUCGCAAUCUGUGUCUCGACCUCUCGACAUUGUCGAGGUUGUUACUGGGAUGAACAAACAUCUUGGAUCAUGCCGUCAAGUCGACAUCAAAGUCAUCGGCACCAGCAGUCACACCUCCUACCUUGCAACGGCAUUAAAGCAGCCGGGAAGAACCAUCACGGUUCAGCAUGAAAUAGGCGCCAACCAUAGGACUCAACAAGAUAUCCCAUCUGAUCGCAUAGCCAUCGUCGGCAUGGCUGGAAGGGGCCCUGGGAGUGAUGACCUGGAUGAGUUCUGGAAUGUUCUCAUGACUGGUAAAGAUCUUCAUCAGGAAAUACCACCAGAUCGGUUUGAUCUCGAUGAGUUCUUCGCAGCAGAGCACAGCCACGAUGGAGUCAAAUGCACAACGGCGGCGAGAUUCGGUUGCUUCAUGAAGAAGCCUGGCGAGUUCGAUGCUCGAUUUUUCCGCAUCUCCCCUAGAGAAGCCAUGUUCAUGGAUCCUGGCCACCGACAGUUCCUCAUGAGCUCAUAUGAGGCUCUUGAGACGGCUGGGUACUCCGACGGCAAGACUAGAGAUAUCGACCCUAACAGAAUUGGUGUCUUUUACGGUCAAAGCAAUGAUGACUGGAAUGCUAUGGCACACCAUUUCAAAGGAUGCGAUGCAUAUACCCUGCAAGGAGCACAGAGAGCAUUCGGGGCCGGUCGUCUCGCUUUUCAGAUGAACUGGGAGGGACCAACAUAUUCUCUGGACUCUGCGUGCGCUUCCACAUCAUCCUCAAUUCACCUCGCGUGUAUGAGUUUGCUGUCUCACGAUAUCGACAUGGCUGUCUCUGGUGCUGCAAAUGUCGUCGGGUAUCCCCAUUCCUGGACGAGCCUCAGCAAAUCUGGCAUCUUGUCGAACACAGGCAAUUGCAAGCCGUUCCGUGAGGACGCAGACGGCUACUGCCGAGCUGAUUUUGUCGGAAGCGUGGUACUAAAGAGACUUGACGACGCCGUUGCCCACAACGACAAUAUCCUCGCUGUCAUCGGGGGUUCGGGGAGAAAUCAUAGCGGCAACUCUCCUUCCAUUACAACUUCGGAUGCCGGCGCGCAAGAACGGCUUUACCGCCAAGUCUUGAGGCGGUCUGGAGUUCUUCCAGAUGAAAUCUCCUAUGUUGAGAUGCACGGGACUGGAACCCAGAUUGGCGACCCCGCUGAGAUAGGUGCGGUUUCCAACGUCUUCAAGGGCCGCCGUGGCGAUUCAUUGGUAGUGGGUUCUAUCAAGGCCAAUAUUGGCCAUAGCGAAGCGGCUGCUGGAAUGUCAUCGUUGCUCAAGUGUGUCCUAAUGCUCCAGAAGGGCACCAUACCUCCACAAGCAGGCAUGCCGCAGAAGCUGAACCCCAAGUUCCCUUCGCUUGAAGCUUCCAAAAUUGAGAUUCUCUCUGAGGCAAAGGAACUCAAGUUCGCGGGCAACAAAACGAGACGCUUGAUGCUGAACAACUUCGAUGCCGCGGGAGGUAACGCUUGCUUACUUAUCGAGGAUUACAAAACUAUGCGGCCUAUUGAUGAGGGCGUACAAGUACCGUGGUCAAAUCACAUCGUUGUCACGUCUGCCAAGACGCAAGCAUCGCUCCAGUCCAACAAACGAAAGCUUCUUCAGUAUCUUGAAGCCAAUCCCAACGCCCGUAUUCAAGAUGUUGCCUACACGACUACCGCGAGACGAUCGCAUCACCAGCUCAGGUCCACAUACGUCGCAUCAUCGACACUGGAGCUCAUCUCAAAAUUGAGGUCAGACAAUGGUACCCAGAGCGAUGUCAUGAAGAACAAGCUCUCUACGUCGAAGCCAAUAGUCUUCGUUUUCACCGGCCAGGGCUCCCAUUAUGGCGGCAUGGGCAAUGAGUUGUACAAGACAAGUUACGUCUUCCGUGAAGUGGUCGAUCACUGCGUGAAAAUUUGUGCUGAUUAUGGCUUCCCGUUGUUCUUGGACCUCAUCGCAGAGCGUGACGUUGACGCAUCUAUGAAGCUCUCAACCCAGACUCAGCUUGCCGUCUUGACUUUGGAAAUUGCCUUGGCCGCUCUGUGGCGUUCAGAAGCAGGCGUGGAGCCCUCCAUGGUCAUGGGCCACUCCCUAGGCGAAUAUGCCGCUCUUCACGUCGCUGGCGUGCUCUCUUUGACCGAUGUGUUGUAUCUAGUCGGCAAACGCGCAGAGUUACUCUCCGACUUGUGCGAGGCUGGCGCUUGUACAAUGCUGGCGGUUACUGCAUCCUCUGAAGUCACGCAGAGCUACAUUGAUGCUAAACAGGAUGGUUUCUGUUCCAUAUCUUGCUCUAAUAGUCCCCGCACCACCGUUGUCGGUGGAAUGCUGGAUGACAUUGAGCAGCUUGCAGCGGACAUGGCAGAGUUCCGUCCAAAGUUACUCUCAGUCCCCUACGCUUUUCAUUCCUUCCAAAUGGACUCCAUUCUCGACCAAUUCGUCACUCUCGCCCGGGGUGUAACCUACUCGUCGCCCAAGAUUCUAGUUGCUUCAACCCUACUUGCAACGGUUGUCGAUGCUUCUGGAACCUUCGAUGCAAACUACAUGGGUCAACAAACUCGCCAAAAAGUGCAGUUCACGGACACUAUCAUGGUUGUAAAGGAACAUCUUGGCGAAGUGGUCUGGGUUGAACUGGGGCCAAGCCAGGUCUGCGGUUCCUUUGUGCAAGCGACAUUGGGUCCAUCUAUUUCUUCGGGUUCUAUCAUGUCGACGCUGGAUAAGAGUGCUAACAAUUGGACGUCUGUUUCUAAAUGUCUCGCUAAGCUAUACGAUCAAGGCUUAGAUAUCGACUGGCUCCGACUUUAUCGCCCUUACUCAAGCAGCGUUCAGUUGUUGACGCUCCCGACAUACGCGUGGGACUUGCAGGACUUCUGGAUCACUUACACUGAGAAGGGCGACGGGGUACGCGGGAGCCUUGCAUCGGGUAGUCAGCUCAGCCCGAAGCACAUCUCUACCUGUGCACAGAAUAUUGUGACAGAGAGUUCGACGAACACCAUGUCCGAAGCUACCUUCCGGGCCCUGAUUGCCGAUCCAGGGCUAGAUGCCCUUAUUGAAGGACACCGGAUCCGCGAUGUGGCAAUCUGCCCCGGAAGUGCGUUCUGCGAUGCCGCUUCCACUGCCGCCAAGCACGUAUUUGAAGCCAUUGGCACUACGAGAGACAUGAAGCAACCUGCGCUGACGAUCCGCAAUCUUUCGCUUCAACGUCCGCUCCGCAAGAGGGCCAAUGGCUCGGCUGAAGAACUUGUCACCACAGCGAAUGUGAAGAAGCUGUCUCGUAAUCAGGCAACAGUAUCUUUCCAGUCGUCAGAGCUGAAUUUGGGCAGUUGCACAGUCUUCAUCUGCGAGGCGGAUGUUGUCAAGGCAGGUUGGGACAAGACAUCCUUCUUCAUUCAGGCCAGGAUGAACGAGGUAAUCAAGAGCGCCAAGGAGGGGCGCGGCCAUAGGAUCCAGCCCGAGAUAUUCUACGCCCUCUUUUCGAGCACUGUCAGGUACUCUCCGGCUUUCCGGGGUAUCAAAGGAGCGUAUGUAUCCGAUGAUUUCCAGGAGGCUGCUGCAGAGAUCGUCCUGGGGUCUGAUCCUGUCGGUACCUGCUUCACCUCGUCACCAUACCACGGUGAAAGCCUGGUGCACUUGGCUGGCUUUGUGCUGAACGCGAAUCCAAGCCGACUUCGUGCCGCCGAUACCACUUUCAUGAUGGACAAUCUUGAGAGCGUUGAGUUGCCAGAUUCUGGAGCUCUGGUGCCGGGCAAAUCUUACCUCAGCCUCGCCAGAGUCUCGCGCAGAACUGAGGACGCCGCAACUUGCGAUGUCUGGGUCUUUGACUCUGACUCGUCGGAGAUGGUGAUGCAAUGUUCAGGUUUGCGGUUCCACGAGGUCAGCAACACUGUCCUAGACCGGCUACUGGGAAAGACAAGAGUAUCGGUGGCAGCACCUAGCGACUCUCAAUUUCUGAUGACCACCAGUGUAGCAGCUGUGAAGUCUGCGCAACCUUCCGCCAAGAAUCAUGCCUACAGCCGGUCGGAUGCUUCAGAGAUGACCAAGGUUGAAGAGGCGUUGAUUUCACGGGUUUCAACUGACUCCGGGGUCUUUACUUCCAUUCUGGAGAACAUAUCGAAAGAGACUGGCACGGACUCAAACCAGCUCACGGAUGAUACCGCUACAGCAGACGUCGGGGUUGACUCUAUCAUGGCCAUUGAGAUUACCGCGGCAGUCAAGAAGCAGACCGGCCUCGAUCUCCCAGUAUCGACUCUCAUGGACUAUCCGACAAUAGGUGACCUGCGCAAGGCAUUCAGCGGGGCAAUGGUACCUAGUGAGACUAUUCACUCUUUAUCAUCCUCACAAGCAUCCACGUCACCACCGUCGAUCAGUGAGGAGGAGAUGUCAGAUGAAAGCCUAUCUACCAGCUGCCCAACACCAGAGAUCACCUCUCACUGGGUACUGCUGGAUCAGAAACAUGUUGAAAAGCCAGUCGUCACCUCAAUCUCAAUCUCGGAGAGUGAAUCACUUUUGCCAGUUCAGUCCAUUCCGACUCCCAUGGUGAAGAAGCAAGAAACCAUCUCUCCACCGCCAAAGGCCCGAGUGAUCUUGCUUCACGGCCGUCCGAAAGCAGACCAGACACCAUUGUACAUGAUCGCCGACGGAACCGGCACUAUUGCUAGCUACAUCCAUCUACCACCCUUCAACACCAAGACAGCAAUUUACGGCGUCGACUCGCCUUUUGUCCGCUGCCCGGAGCAGAUGAACGCCGAGGUCGGUAUUGAAGGAGCUGCGAAGCUGAUUGUCGAUGCUGUGACUGAGUCUCGGCCACAUGGCGCACUACACAUCGGUGGCUUCUCUGGUGGUGGCAUGCUUGGGUAUGAAGUCUGUCGUCAAUUAGGCGACCUCGGUCGGGAGGUUGAUGGCCUCCUGAUCAUCGACAUUUGCUCACCACGUACCAAGACCGAAACGAGUCUUGUCAAAGUCCAGCCCGAAGCAGGUUGGCAAAUGUUCCAGAAGAUGGCCGCGCAGGACACUUUCUGGAACUCGACGGCAGAAUCUGCGCCGAUGCAACAUCUGCUUGGAAUUUUCAAAGCUGUAGCAGCCUACCACCCGGAGCCCAUGACUCCCCACCAGCGCCCCAAGAAAACAAGCAUCGUUUGGGCAGAGAAGGGUAUGGGCGGUCGCUGUGAGGGCAAGUCUGAACUAAAGCGCGAAAUGGUGAGCAUGGGAUUUCCUGCAGAAGCCUAUCCUGGCUUUAUGGAAGAUCCAGCUCUAGGGGCUCUUGCUUGGGGCUUUCCUGACAAGCGUGGCUCUGAGGGGGCCUUGGGCCCGAAUGGUUGGGACAAGUAUGUGGGACAGGUCGGACUGUGCUUGUCUGUUGAUGCAGACCAUCUUGAGAUGCCGAUGCCAGGACACGUGCACCUCAUGAGGGAGAAGAUUGAAGAGGCUCUUGCCUACUUUCAAGAAAGCAAUUAGAUAGCACUUGAAAUUUGUAGACCGUUUCUUUUUUCAUGCCCUCUAGGUUCUUUGCAAUUCUCGCUGUUGAAACACAUGGUUCUUAGAUUAUUAGCACAAUGAAUU